AUGUCUGGAUAUCCAUAUGGAGGCAAUCCCCAAUAUCCUCCACCCCAAAACCAGAUCUAUCCUCAAGUAAUGAAUCCCUCUAACAUGCCUCCUGGACAGCCUGCACCUCCAGGAUAUCCAUCAGGGCAAAACCCUCAAUUUCCAUACCAGCCCGGAUUUGUUGUAUAUCCAACCCAGCCAGGUCAAAUGCCACCUAGUGCAAUGUCUUAUCCUGGAGCUCAAUCAGCUCCACCAUCCUAUGCAUAUGGAUUUCCUCCACAAGUGACUCCACAACCUGGUUAUGAACCUGCCAUAGAAUGGGUGCCAACUAAUGCAAGCGAUGCUCAUCACUUAACUAACAGAGCCGUGGUAGCUGGAUAUGAAGGGCAUGAUGGAAGCCCUCUAUGGGUGAUAAGAGCGAGAUACGAAGGCGACUUGAUCCCAGGAAAGCUAGCUAUAAAACACAAAGCGGCAUAUGUGCCUUGGGGAGGACGUGAAAACCUUGUUCCAAAUUUUGAGGUGUGCUGCGCUCGUCCGGAAAGGAUUCGUUGGAGUGAAUGUAGAGAUGGAACCGUACCACCCAAUGCUGUAGUAGCCGGUAAUACCUCGUCUGGAGAGCCUUUGUACGUAGGAAGGGCUCGGGAGCAAGGAUCACUUACUCCUGGCAAGGUACACCCGAGCCAUAAAGCCAUGUAUAUAUCAUUUGCAGGCAAAGAGGUUGCCCACAAAGCAUAUGACGUAUUGUGCUCAAUU